UUAAGGCAGUGGCACACUGCUUCGUAACAAAACCACAAAAAAAAAUAGAAAGAUAUCGUCUUUUUUUUCUUGUGUUUCUUUUAAAGUAGUCGCCACUCCAACCAACGCAUUACUUCGCCAUUUGUGACUCUUUUAGUAGCGAUACGGAAACCAUGUAAAGUGCUAAUUGCUUAAAGUGACGUGCAUCCAUCGUGCAUCAUUAAACAAGUGCGUAAUGUGCAGUGUUCUCUUCAGUGAACCGUGUUAAAUGAACAUUUAACAUGUUUAGAAGUAGAAGCUGGUUCGGGGGAGGCUGGGGCCGCCCGAAAAACCCUCAUUCCCUCGAACGGUUGAAGUAUUUACACAAUAUCCUGUGCAAGAAUACGACGGUGUCUGAGAGUAACCGUGGCACCCUAGUGGAGUCUUUGAGGUGUAUAGCCGAGAUAUUGAUAUGGGGCGACCAGAAUGAUAGUUCAGUUUUCGACUUUUUCUUAGAAAAGAACAUGCUCUCUUACUUCCUCAAGAUAAUGAGACAGAAAUGCGGAGGCUCCUCAUAUGUAUGUGUACAACUACUUCAGACGUUAAACAUACUGUUUGAAAACAUACGGAAUGAAACAUCACUGUAUUACUUGCUGAGCAAUAACCACGUGAACUCGAUAAUAGUGCAUAAGUUCGACUUUUCCGACGAGGAGGUGAUGGCAUACUACAUCUCGUUCCUCAAGACCCUCAGCUUCAAACUGAACAGCCACACAAUACACUUCUUCUAUAAUGAGCACACGAAAGACUUCCCUCUGUACACGGAGGCGAUCAAAUUCUUCAACCACUCAGAAUCUAUGGUGAGGAUCGCCGUGAGGACACUGACACUAAACGUGUACAGGGUACAAGAUGCGAGCAUGCUCCGAUUUAUUAGAGAUAGAACUGCGGCGCCAUACUUUAGUAACCUAGUUUGGUUUAUCGGCAAACACAUACUAGAACUGGACGCGUGCGUGCGAAACGACUCGGACCAUCAGUCCCAACAGAAACUGGACGAUUUAGUCGCCGAGCAUUUAGACCACUUACACUACAUCAACGACAUACUCUGUCUCAACAUUCCUGAUCUCAACGAUGUGUUGACUGAACACCUCUUACAUAAACUUCUUGUGCCUCUAUACAUAUACUCUUUAACAUCUGACUCUGUAAGACGACCGAUCUCCCGUCAAAAUUCGUCACCAUACAACAGAGAUAACUUGCAAACUAUAGAAGUUAUAACAAGAAAUUUAGAGGCUAUCCUUAAAGGUAAAACCACAGAUAUGUCGCCGUCUAGAAUGUCUUUUACUAGACAGAUAAUGGAAUCGGACGAUGAAAUAAAACCAUCUGUGUCCUGUGUAGUAUCACUAUUUCUACUGUCACAAGUGUUUUUAAUAAUCACACACGGCCCGAUAGUACACGCACUAGCAUGGAUAAUACUACAAUCAGAUUUAUCAGUAUUCGAAGAUGGUGCUACUAAGAUAUUAGAAAUGUAUAUCAGUAAUGCUAAAUCGAGCGUCAAGCUAGAGUUUUCAAAGCCGCAACUAAGUUUGGAGAAGGCUUUGGAAAGUUCAGGACAGGAGAGGGAUUAUACGACGCCAGAAUACGGUGGUCCUAAACUGUUUGGUUAUGACACGGAUCAGUCUAGUUGUGAUUUAGAUCCCGAGUUGGUGUCCACUUCGUUACCGUCCACUUCGCAUAUAAGUGAAUCUUCCAGCGUCGCCCACGACUCAACCGAAGAUCUGGUCACGCAGAUAGCUUCAAAGUCUUCCGGUGCUAUGAUUUUAGCUAAGAAGAAUAUGCCUGAUUCGCCUUUGCCAGAUUCUGGUAUUGAGUCAAGCUCUUCAAAAUCCGGCCCUGAACUGAAUAAUAUAACUGAUGAGGAAAAACAAAAGCUGCUCGGUGUUCCUCCUAGCUCUCCUGCGUUACCGUCGACGUCGAUGGAAAAUAUACUUAUUAGAGAGAAUAGAGAGAUUGAAACAAGGCCGUUUUUGAAGACGAUUCUGGAUUCUUUGGACUGUAGUGAGAAUGACUAUAAGGCGCUAUUCGCGCUAUGUUUGCUGUUUGCGUUGAUAAAUAAUAAAGGCGUAAACACGGAACUCCUUGACACGCUACUAUGCCCAGAGCAGAACGAAAAUUCAAAUACAACGACAACUUCAAGCGAACAAUCUGUAGAAAGUUCACAAGAUGGCGCCACUUCCACUCCGUCCAAACGUCCAGUGCAGAGCUACAACGCCCUGCUCAUAUCCAAGCUCACGGCUAUUGUCGCACAGAGCUGUAAACCUACUUCGAAAGUCCGGCUAGUGACACUGGAGCUGAGCGUGACGCUGGUCGGCAUCGCGAUGCUGGGCGCGGGCGGCGCGCCGGGCGCGCGGCACGUGGCCGCCGCCGACGGCCUGCGCGCGCGCGCCGCCGCGCUCGCCAGGAACUUCUACAAGUGCGACGACAUCUUUCUGGACAUGUUCGAAGACGAGUAUUGCGAGAUGAGCAAGCGACCAUUAAACGUAGAGUGGCUCUGCAUGGACGCGGCUAUCCUCCUGCCGCCUACUCGCACACCCAUGUCGGGCAUCGCAUUCGCCAAGCGACUACCGAGCGGAGAGAUGGAACGCGCCAGACGCGCCAUUCGCACAUUCUUCCUCAUACGAGACCUGUACUUGAAGCUGACCGGCAAACCAGAAACCCAACUGCCAUUGGCCAACCCCGCUCCUUUCGUGCAAGUUGGAGACGUCUUGGACCUAAAUGACUCCGACCUGAUAUCCUGUGAUAUAAUCCAAAAGGACGGGACGUGGCACCACAGGUUCCUGGCCGUGGACAACAUACAGAUUAUAUUGGUGGAGCCAGACAAGCAGCGCCUGGGCUGGGGGGUUGCUAAGUUAGUUGGCAGCUUACAGGACUUAGAAAUACAAGGCGACAAAGAAGACCCCCGUUGCCUGCACCUCACCAUACACAAACCGCGAGUGGGCGCCAGCGGAGCGCUACCUCGCACUGUAUUGCUGCGAGCCAAGUUUAAGUUUGACGACCAUAUACGAAGUAUGGCGGCUAAACAGAGGCUCACCAAGGGCCGAACCAAGUCCCGCCAAAAGAAGAUGCAGCAGAUCGGUCGGUUACUCGAGGUGGCCGGCAUGGCGGGCGCGCCCUCGCUGGCGCCGCGCCACCGCCCGCUGUUCGCGCGCCCCGGCGUCACCACCGUGCGCCGCCACGGCAGUGCGGACGGCGAUGACAUAGAGCGUCGUCUCCGCAGGCCCAGCGGACAUAUGCUCAAAGACGGCAUCGUCGUUUACCGCGAAAGGACUACAAGCCGAGAAAGUAGUAUAUCGCGUGGCAGCAGCGGCCACGCGUCCCGCGACGGUUCGCCGCGCUCCCGAUCCGAGGAGAUACCUCUUGAAGACAUCAGGAGGAACGCGGUAGCGGCCACUAUUACCGCCCCCGCUACCGUCACUAUGCAGACCCAACCGAGCACAUCUCAAGCCCAGAAACCACAGAUUUCCUCCGAAGAGACAUCGUUCAUAUCGGGCGAGCCGCGACCCAAACGCAAGGGCAUCGUCGAAACCAUUUGAUAUUAACCUAAACUGAGGUAUGGUUAGAACUAGCGAGGAUUCAACUAGGGAUCAAAUCAUUUUAUUGUUCCUCUGAUCGCCAAAGACCUCAACUGACUUGGUUACAGCCAUAGACUAGGAAUCCUCUAGACCGAGUUUAGAGCAAUUAUUUCAUGAAACCGAUGCUGCCAAAAAUACGGGGUGCGUGGGGGACGAGGUAAGCGAGGUCCCGUGCCGUGAUUGGUCCGUUCAAAGACACGGACGUCACACAAGGACACUUUCGACUCGAGAAUGGAGUAAUAUUACAGUAUGCGUGGCAGAGGGAGUAGAGCUACUAUGCUCAGUUUGGAGGACGUCCUGUCUGUGGUUACAGCCCAAUAUCAACCUUCGUGCUUUUCCGAUAAGGUUCACAAUGCCGCGCCGCCCACGAUAGGCUGUUUAAAGGGUUAAAUAAUUAUUAUGAUUUGUUUCCUAGUUGUAUAGAUGGCAGCACCAUCUCUUUCGCCUCGCUAUACGGCAAUGCCGAAAAGAAAUCGUAUAGAAGGUUCAAACACGUACUUACUGCACGCCCUUGAUCUAAGGCGCCUAGCCUUUCGAAGAUCGCAUAUACUGUUAUCUGGGUGGCGUAGUAGUUUUGACGUCUCGAAUGUGGAAAAUGCUGUAUCGAUGCCAGCCCUGAGCACUGGAGGCCUGGGUCACAUUUUUUCUUUCGCAUAUGACAUCUAUUGCAGUUUAUGCGAGGGUUGUCACUUUACCACAAGCUUGGCACUCAGAGGUAUAGCCUGUCCGAUUCUAAGAUCAAGCUCGCCAUACAUUUAAUAUGGUUUAUUUGAUCUUAGAAUAGCGGACAGACUAUACUCAGAGAAGGAUUUUUAGUAGAUUCCGACGGCGGUAGCACGAUCGCAUUUUUAUCACCUGUCGCCAUGCCUGUCACGUUCUAACAAGUAUGUAAGUGCGAAAGUGAUAGGCGAUAAAAAUGCAACCAUGCUGCCACCGCAGAGGGCCUACC